AUGAAUAACUCUAUGCUAUCCUACUUUUAUACUCCUCGUUUUCUAAAUGACGCUUUGAAUUUGAUGACAUGUAUCGAGAUUCCGAUUCACAUCCUCGGAGUAUACUGUAUCUUAUACAAGACUCCUGACUCGAUGAAAUCAGUGAAAUGGAGCAUGUUCAAUCUGCUUUUUUGGAGUGUCAUCCUAGAUCUGGGAGUUAGUGUUCUCACUUCUCCCUUCUUACUGUUCCCAACUUUCUCCGGAUAUCCAUUGGGAGUAUUGAAGUAUGUAGGAGUUUCUACUGAAGUUCAGACUUAUAUGAUAGUGAUGGUUUACGCAAUGGUUGGUACUGCAAUCCUAACAUUAUUUGAAAACCGCUUUUUCCUCAUGUUUGCACGAUAUCAUCCUUGGCGUCGAUAUCGUUCGAUAUUCCUGCUCAUAAACUAUAUUCUUGCAGCAUUUUUCUUUAUUCCAGCAUACUUCGCGAUUCCAGAACAAACAGAAGCUCUUCAGAAAGUUUUCAAUGUUCUACCAAAACUACCUGAAGUCAUUCUCAAUGCUCCAUUAUUCGUUUUGGCUACUGACUUGAGCCUAGUUUUACUCUCUGUCUUGUUCAUGGCCAUAUUACUGGUCACCGAAAAUGCGGCAUUUGUUAUCUUGCUGUACUGUAAAAUGAAGAUUCGGACAAGAAGAAUGUCAACUUCGCAAUAUACGUUGAACUUGCAGAAGAAGUUUUUGAGAGCAAUUUAUAUUCAGGUGUCCACUCCUUUUCUGAUCCUCAUCACUCCACUCACCUACACGUUCUUCUCUGUAGUAUUCGGAGUUUACAACCAAGCGGCCAACAACAUGUGUACUAUUCUCUUCGCAUUCCAUGGACUGACAUCUACUAUCACUGUUUUAUUAUUCCACAAAUCUUAUCGAAAAGCUUGUUUUGGAUUAAUAACCUUCGACAUGUUUCAAAAAGGAACUACCUCGAGUGUUGUGGUUCCGAGUAGAUCAACGGGUGUGAAGAGCUCCGUCUGCCGGAGGAUUCCAUCGACACGAACUGAAUCACUGAACUCAAAAUCUAAAUCUGUUUUUGUUACUAUUAUUGUAAUGUUACCGUCUGUUGCAUUUGCAUGGACAAUAUUCGGCUGGUAUCACAAUCAAGCGCUCAACAACUUCAUAAUGAUAGUUCUUGCUCAAUAUGGGAUUGGAUCUACUAUUGUCAUGAUAUCAGUUCACAAACCCUACCGAGACAUUAUUAUCGAUAAACUAUGCAGAUGCCCCUGUUUGCCAAAAAAGAAAUCUUCGAAAUUCAGAAACUAUCGGUUUCUUUUAUUAUUCUUUGCUCUUUUCAACUUGACUUAUUCUGUGGUCAAUGUGAUUGUUCCGUUGGAUAUUCACAGCUAUCGUUACUGUUUCUUCCUGAUUCUCAAAGAUGGCUGGUUUGUGGAAUCGUCCGAAUUCAAUUUCCAUUUGAUGACUGGAAGAUGUUCUUUGGUUGCAGCUAGUUACGCUAUUCUUCUCAUUCAUUUCAUUUAUCGAUAUCUUGCAAUCCAUAAUUCCAGUUUCACCAAACAAAACUUUCAUCUAUAUAUGACAUUCGCAGUGUUUGUUUUUGCAUUGUACUUUGGAGUCUGGCACGCGAUUUGUUACUUUCCCGGUCGUGCUAACAUGGAAAUCCGGCAGUACAUUCGUGAGGAGUUUCGUGAGACUUAUGGGAAUGAUUCCAUGGAUUUCAACAUGUUGGGAGCGCUGUUUCACGAGGGUUCUGAUGAAACCAGAGGCUUCAACUACGUCGAGGUCAGUGCUCUCGGAGUAUUCGCAUUUGUGGAUCCAGUGGCAAUUAUUCUAUGUCUUCCUAUUUUCCGUCUCAGAAUAUUCCACAUUUGUCGUGGUGGUUCGAUGUUUUCAUCAGCGAAAUCCAGCUCGGCACAAUCUAAUUGA